CCAGGCAUCGCGAUAGCGGGCCCCAGUGGACGCCUCCUCGGCCUGUCAUUUUAAGGGGAUUUCCUAAAUUAAAGUGCCCACUGCUUGGUAGACAUAAGGAGACAGCCCACCCCACGGCUUACCUGCGUUGUUUGGUGUGUAUAUGUGCUGUGGUGGGAGUGUAUCUGCAUGUCUGUACGAAGUACAGAGUACUUCGAUCAUAAGGUAUGGGUUGUUCCUAAUCAGGUCGUCGUUGCCUUGCUGGUUGGGAGCACUUAUCGGGUUGGUGUUUGUGUUAUUAUUGUUCUCUGGCUGUCGCUCUUCUGCAGAUUCCCUCUACCUCCCCCCCCAAAGCUAUCUCCCGAUCUUCUUCAUUGGAGCCUUGGUGGAAGUAUGAGAAAGGUCGAUCCAGCGGAGCUACUAACUAUUUUAAAUUACUCAUUGGGGUUCUCAUUGGAGUUCUCAAUGGGGUUCCCUGGUGGGAACUGAUGGAUAUGUAAUCAACAAGCCUAGUGACUAGGUACUUCCCAUGUACCGUGAAAGAGGUAUGCGGUGUUAAAAUACGCGGCGAGAAACGAAGAGAUGGGGAGGCGAAACAUGAGGAACCGCGAGAG